AUGGAUGGUAGGAAGCUAUCUAGAGAAGAAGAUUUGGAAUUGGAGAAACAUGAAUUUAAGCUUAUGAAUAAGCCAGCUGUCAAAACUAUUAAGACAAUACAUGGAGAUUUAUACAGGUGUGUUGAUUUCUACCAACAACCUGCUUUUGACCAUCCAUUAUUGAAGAAUCAUACAUUUAAUUUUAAGAUAUCACCUUCUUCUUAUCCCAAGAAGAAGAGCGAUGAAUUUGAUGACGGCUCUACUAUCUUUGAUCCAAGUAAAAUAUGGCUUAAUGGCCAGGGAUGUCCAGUCGUUGACCCAAGCAAGAAAUACUAUGGAGCUGGAAUGUUUACUACCACACACAAGGUUCAAGUACAACACCCUCAAUCAAGUUAUUCUCGCAUGAAAGUGAAAAACAAUGCAGACUAUAUAGAAGUUGGGUGGAUGGUGAAUCCACUUAUGUGCAACGAUGAUAAGACUAGAAUGUAUAUAUAUACUAAUGCUGGUUCAUCUCGUUGUUUCAAUACAUUUUGUCCUGGAUUUGUACAUGUAGCUCGGGAUAUCCCUCUCGACUUUGUCUUUCGCACUCAAGGUCCGCGAACUAGAGUAUCUAUUAAAUUCAUAAUCGAUUGGGAUGGAAAACUUAGAAAUUGGCGUCUUUAUAUGGGAGACAGGAAUGCUGUUGUUGGAUUCUGGGAUAAUCGCAUAUUCACGUCUGGAUUGAACAACUUUGCUACCUAUAUUGAUUGGGGUGGACAAGUAUACGGUCCUCCUAAUCUACCAAGUGCGCCGAUGCGAACCGGCGUUGAAGUUAGCGGCGAUGAAUCAACCGACGCAUUUUGCUGGCAAAUCGCAUAUGCGAAUGAAACUAGCUAUACUGCUGCUGAUAAUGUUGAAGGGUUUUCAGAUAUUGCCGCAUAUAAGGCCUUGGAUGUUGGAAUUAAAGGACGUGUGCGUGGACAUCAAUUCUUUUAUGGGGGUCCUGGUGGCUACACAGGAAAUUAA